CUAUAAAUAGGUGGUUAACUAAGUUAUAUGAAUCAUUCAUACAAACAUUAAUCAGAUAUAGCGAGGCUUUGAUUUGAUUCUUAAAGAUGAGACCUGCUCUCGCUUUUUUUCCUCUUUUGCUUUUCUCAUUUGUAGCAAUGGUAGAAUCAAGAAAAGAUCCAGCAGAAUACUGGAAAAUGGUCAUGAAAGAUAAAGAUAUGCCAGAAGCAAUUCAAGGACUCCUUAACACGAACUCUAAAAAGGGUCUAAAACAUUGUGAUGAGAAACUUGUGAAAGACACACAAGUCAUCGUAGAAGAGAAGGUGUAUAUAGAGGAUCUUGAACCAAGACCUAACAUUUCAGCAUAUGAGGGCAAUGACGUUGACAAUAAGGAAAAGAAGAAAGACAUCAAAGAUUUUGAACCAAAAUCCAAUAUUUCAGCCUAUGAAGACAACGUCAUUGAUUAUAACGAAAAGAAGGAAGACAUUAAAGAUUUUGAACCGAGACCCAACAUUUCAGCUUAUGGAGACAAUGAAAUUGAUUCUAGUGAAAAGAAGGAAUCCGUUAAAGAUUUUGAACCAAGACCCAAUAUUUCAGCUUAUGAUAACAACGACAUUGAUGUUAAGGAAAAAAAGGAAGCCCUUGAGGAUUUUGAACCAAGACCCAACCUUUCAGCUUAUGGAGACAAUGAAAUUGAUUCUAGUGAAAAGAAGGAAUCCGUUAAAGAUUUUGAACCAAGACCCAAUAUUUCAGCUUAUGAUAACAACGACAUUGAUGUUAAGGAAAAAAAGGAAGCCCUUGAGGAUUUUGAACCAAGACCCAACCUUUCAGCUUAUGGAGACAAUGAAAUUGAUUCUAGUGAAAAGAAGGAAUCCGUUAAAGAUUUUGAACCAAGACCCAAUAUUUCAGCUUAUGAUAACAACGACAUUGAUGUUAAGGAAAAAAAGGAAGCCCUUGAGGAUUUUGAACCAAGACCCAACCUUUCAGCUUAUGGAGACAAUGAAAUUGAUUUUAAGGAAAAGAAGGAAACCCUUGAGGAUUUUGAACCAAGACCCAAUAUUUCAGCUUAUGGAGAUAAUGAAAUUGAUUUUAAGGAAAAGAAGGAAGCCUUUGAAGAUUUUGAACCAAGACCCAAUAUUUCAACUUAUGGAGACAAUGGAAUUGGUUCAAAAAAAAAGAAAGAAGUCGUUAAAGAUUUUGUAUCAAGACCCAAUAUUUCAACUUAUGAAAACAACAAUAUUGAUGAUGAAAUAAAUGAAAAGUUCAAGGUGGAUUUUGAACCUAGGCCAAGUGCCACUAAAUAUGAUGCAUAAAUGUAAUAAUGAAAUAGAAUGCAACUUCAAUCUAUGAUGUGACAUAUUUAUUUAAAUAAGUUGUUGCAGCCGCAUGUUCAAUGAUUGCUAAUAUGUAUGAUGUAUUAAUUAAGUUUUUAGGAUAAUUGUACUCAUAACUCAUGUGAGGUUAAAAUAUUUGUAUUAUGUAAUUUAA